GCGAGCACGCGGCGCCGAAUGCAAAUCGAGAUAGAUGGUGAUGACUGAUGACAAAGUGUUUUUGUCAUUUCAACGGGCUUUCCUUCGCGGUAAGCCGAUAACCACACUGAUCGGAAUUCAGACGUUGUGUUCUUGUUAUAUUAUCUAGCAAUCAAAUGGAAAUUCUAGGCAACACAACAGAUGCCAUUCUGCGAAGAUUGGCCUCCCUUGCUUUAGAUGAGAUUCGACUCUCCUUGUCCUUCAAAGAUGACCUAGACAAGCUUCGCAGUUAUUUAUCUUCCAUUUCAGCCGUCCUCCUUGAUGCAGAACAACGGCAAGAGAAGAGCCAUGUAGUUAAAGAUUGGUUGCGGAAGCUCAAAGACGCUCUGAACGAUGCAAAAGACUUGCUAGAUGAUUUGGCCGCACAAGCUUUGAAUCAGAAAGUCGAGGCUCCAUUUAUCAUAGUCACUCAGGUACAGAACUUCUUCUUCUGUGGUGAGAUGGCUCGUCGAAUUAGGAAAAUUACGGAGAGGUUACAUCAGAUAGACGAGGAAAGAAGCUUGUUUGACUCUACUCACUUUACGAUGCCACUGAAUAAUGAUCAGAUCCUUGCCAAUAGGAAGAAAAUAUCCCACUCUGUGCCUGUCACAGGGAUAAUUGGGCGAGAAAACGAUAAAAAGGAAAUCAUUGAUAAGUUGUCCAGGGAUAAUGAUGAGAGUCUUUCUGUCAUUCCUAUUCAUGGAAUUGGUGGUUUGGGAAAGACCAGACUUGCUGAAUGUGUAUUUGACGAUGAUUGGGUUGAAGGGUAUUUUGAUUCCAGGCUCUGGAUACAGGUGUCUGAUGAUUUGAAGGUUGAAUGUGUUGCAAAGAAAAUUAUCGAAGCUAUAAGCAAUGCUGAUUUUGAUCAUCUGAAUAUGCAUGACUUGCGUAAUUACCUUUCACAAACAUUGGAUGCGAAAAAGUUUUUACUUGUACUUGACGAUGUUUGGAUUGCAAAUGCUUUGGAAUGGGAUACAUUGAGACGCCUGUUAAAAACCGAUGUCAAAGGAAGCAAAAUUAUUGUGACAACUCGAUAUAAAAUUACUGCAUCAAUCAUGGGUGGAGAGAAUUUGCUUUCUUUAGCUAGUUUGCCUUUUGAUGCGAGCUGGUAUCUGUUUGACAGAUGGGCAUUUCUGGGGGGAGGAAGCAUGAAGCACCCUAAUCUCAUAAAAAUUGGUGCUGAGAUAGUGGAGAGGUGCGGAGGAGUGCCUCUAGCACUACGUACUCUUGGAAGCUUACUGUGUUUGAAUACAAAUGAAACGUAUUGGUUAUCUGUGAAAAAUGAUGAGAGUUGGGAGAGAGCUAAAAGAGAAGAUGAUAUUUUGCCAGUGCUCAAGAUAAGCUAUGAUCAAUUGCCUUCCCAUCUAAAAGAAUGCUUUGCAUAUUGCUCGUUACUUCCCAAGGGCAAGGAUUUCGAUAAGGAAACAGUAAUUCAAUUGUGGAUGGCGCAAGGCUUAAUUCAUUCAGCUAGCGGAUGUGAGCAAUUAGAAGACGUUGGAAGUUGGUAUUUUGAUGAAUUAGUGUCCAGAUCCCUUUUUGAUGUUGUUCAAAAGAAUCACAAAGCUGAGAUAGUGAAAUGCAGAAUGCAUGAUCUAAUGCACGAUCUUGCUAAAUCAGUAGCUGGGUCAGAGUGCUUGCAAGUUGAUUUUCAUAGUGCAGGUAUGUUUGAAAGCCCAAGACAUGUGUCAUUUUGGGAUAGUCAAUGCCUCAAAGAAGAUAUAAUUCUAUCGCUAAAAGCAUCAAAGUUGAGGUCACUUCUUUUGCCUGUCAAAUUGGGACCCCUAUCAUCAACCAUUCUGGGUGUCUUUCUCUCUGAUUCAACUUACUUGCGCAUUUUGGAUUUAAGUAAUUCAGGCAUAAGAUAUCUACCCAACUGCCUUGGUUGUCUGAAACAUCUGAGGUAUUUAAAUCUGAAUGGUAACCAUGAUCUUGAAUACCUUCCUGAUUCCAUUUGCGGGCUUCAUUUUCUGCAGACGUUGAAGUUGUUAGGUUGUAUGAAAAUCAAUAAAUUCCCUAGAAAAUUCAGUAACUUGGUUUCGCUAAGAAAUUUGGUCAUUAACUCUCCUAGAAUGCCUAUUUGGGAGAAACAACUGGGGAGUUUGACCUCUCUUCGGUCAUUGUCCAUUGUGUAUUGUGAUAAUCUUGUAUCUUUGUCUGAGGGGAUCCAGCACCUAAGAGCCCUACGAACAUUGCGUAUUCAAAACUGUGGCAAAUUAACUUGCUUGGCAAACGGAAAGGAAAACUGCAUUUCUCUAGAGAAUCUGGAAAUUAUCAACUGUAAAAAGAUAAGUUCGUUGGAGGAUUGCCUAAAAGGUCUUCAUAAUCUUCGCUCAUUAACCAUCAAAGGUCUUCCACGGUUGCCCCAACUUGACGAGUUUGCCAGAUAAAUUUAGGUGUCUUGGUGCUCUUCAGGUCUUGAAAAUUGAUCAGUGUCGUCAUCUGAGUUCAAGAUGCCGAAGAGAUGUUGGCGAGGAUUGGCCCAAGAUAGCUCAUGUACCGGUGAUUUAUGUUGACAACAUGAAAAUUUAGUCCU